AUGCUGUUUUCCAUCAACGCGACCAUCCCCGUCGUUAAGACCCGAACCCAGGCCGUGGGCAUGUUUUCAGCCUGCUAUGUCAGCGCCGGAAUUCUCAGCCCAACAACCGGGUAUCCGAUCAUGUGCUGUGUCGGGCUUAAGGCAACCAUUGCGACGUCCUUAGCCAUAUCGUGCGUCGGAACACUUAUAUUCUGGCCUUGCGGGGCUGUCAAGUCGUAUCCCGGUUUUAUCGUAGGCAACAUCCUGGUCGGGGCAAGCCUGGGCAUUAUGGAGAUAAUUGCUAGUACGUUUAACAGCCUUUGUGGGCCGCCCAAUUACGCGACAACCCGGAUUUUAAUUGGCACCGGCCUGGAAGCAGUUGGGGGCACGUUAAGCUCGGUGCUCUCGGACAAGAUUGUUACUAUUCAUACGGAAGACGCUCAUAAUCUAUUAGCGCUGCAGUGGGCUUACCUUAUCAUUGCUCUUUUCACCGUCCUGCUCGGCCUCCUCUACUGGUACGUGCCGCUCCCCCACGUCAUGGGGCCCGAUUUGCGGACACGGCCGGGUAUUCUAACCGUGGACCUUUCCAACAAGCACUUCAAUGUGCUUCCUGUUGUCGUUGUCUCUGUGGGAAUCGCCGCCCUGUCUGGCUUCUGUGCCGCUGGGGCGUUGGCGAGCCUGCGAACGUCCAUCGGCAAUGUACUGUCCAUUGUGUCGAAUAGAACUAACACGGUAUUGUGGUUAUCGAUUCCUGAUUUUCAAACAUCACUUACAGCCAUCUACGCCGUUGGUCAAUUCCUCUUCGCCUUCCUGAGUAUAUUCAUCCCCCCGUACGUUAUCCUGCUCUCGGCGUGUGGAGCUGGUAUCGCACUCGCAGCUGCCACCUCUGUCGGUGCGUUUCCAUCAGCCGCUAUGGCCCAGCAGGUGACUUUGGCCAUGUCCAUCUUCUUGGGAGGGAUUCCCAAUCUGGUCGUAGCUAUUGCUCUCCGAGGCCUCGGCUGGUGGACCGCUCUUGUUUGCAGCCUGUUGAUCGGUAGUUGUAGCCUGGGAGCCGGUAUCUGGCCAUGGGCCAUGAUGGUUGUUUCAUCAAGUAAGUCAGUACAAUACGCGUACUACAUCAUCAUCGCUCUCUUUGCAGUGUGUAGUGUUUUACCUCUCUACUUAAUCCUGUUCCACUCCUCCCGUGGUCGUUAG